UUUGUUUUUUUUGUUUUCAUUUUAUCUGUUUUGUGGUUGAUGUCGGCGUCGAAUUACGAAUUCUCGCUUGGGUUUCUUCAAUUUUCUAGAAUUUUGUUAUGGAAGUUGUGAAUCUAUUUUAAAACUUGUCAAAUUACUGAUACUCAUUUUGAAAUAAUUUGUUGGUAUGAUUAAUUUUUGUCAAAUUUGGCUGCAUAUGCAUAUCUACGUGAAGUUGUUGACUUUACUCGCUUAUGCCUUAUGGUUUAAUUUGCAUUGUUUUGUUGUUGCUGGGAUCCGUAGCUGCAUUCAGAGUGUUUGAGAUUGCCCUUAUAAGAAUUGUUCAAUUUUAGUUUUCCAAAUAUUGGCACUCACAUGAGAAGGGGAAUUUUUUAAAGCUUGUUUUGGUUGGGGUUAACUUACACGGCAAGUUCACCUUAAGGGAUAUCCCUGUACACAAAGAUGUGUCAAAUAUGCAACCUCAAUUUAGCCAGAUUAACAUCUCUGUUACAUGGAGGGGAAAGAAAUUUGUUGUCGAGAUGAAUAUAGGAGCCAAUGUGAAGGAUCUAGGGCAGGAAUUGCAAAAGUUAACAAAUAUCAAAGAAGAUACCAUGCGGUUCAUUGUUCCACAGAUUUCUGCCAGAACGUCAAAACUUCUGGCCCCCUUUUCCAAGGAACAUGCACUUUUAAGUCUGCAGGAAACUUCAAUUACCGAGGCCAGGUCAAUUAUAAUGAUGGGUGUACCAACAAAUGAGGUUGAAGAGGUUUUACAAAAUGCAAAAACAGAUUUAAGAAUAGCUGGAUUUGAGGACGAGGAGAAGAGACAGAAACAGAGAAUUUCCCAUGGACCUCAUAUUUCAUUGAAACUUCCACAAGGGCAGUAUAUAUUUUGUGAUUUUCGUACACUUCAAAUUCCAGGAAUAGAGCUGAAUCCUCCCCCUUCCGAAGCACUUAAAAGAAUGCACAUGCUUGCUGCAGAUCCUGGAAUUGUUGCUGUCAUGAACAAGCAUCGUUGGCAUGUAGGAAUUAUGACUGAGAUGGCUCCCAUUGGUUAUGUUGGUGUGAGCCCAAAAUGCAUUCUUGGUUUUAACAAGAAUCACGGAGAGGAAAUAUCAUUGCGCCUUCGAACUGAUGACCUCAAAGGUUUUAGGAAAUAUGAAAGUAUCAAGAAAACUCUACUGCAUGAACUUGCACACAUGGUAUACUCUGAACAUGAUGUGAACUUUUAUGCUCUGUAUAAGCAGUUAAAUCAAGAAGCGUCUAGUUUAGAUUGGACUAGAUCUGCAAGCCACACUCUCAGCGGAGUAAGGAAUACUGCGAUCUAUGAAGACAACUUUAUAGCAGAGACUAGCAGUAAUCCUCAGAAGCUUGGAGGUAACAGGACAGAUCAGCUAAUAAGUGCGCGUGAAUCUUCUGUUGCUGCUGCUUACUAUCGGCUGACUAAUGUUUCUGCAAACAAGUUGGAAGGGUCCAAAGUAAAUCAAGAGCUGGAUCCUGAUUCUUAUUUUAAUACGACUGAAAAAUCUGAUUGUGUGAUAUCUGCCUCCAAAGAAAUUGAAGAUAUUGACAUGGCCAUCAAUGUUGAGAAAGGACUUAAUGGUAAGCCUGACCCUGACGAUCAUAUUAUCAAUGGAAUGAAACAGGAGGCUGAUCCAGAAGAUUCUCAUCAUGCGCAACUUUUUCAUUCGGAGACAGGUGCUGAGUAUAUGGCUGCGACAUACACAUCCAUUGAUAAUUUAGAAAGAUCCACAAAAUCUAUUGCUCCAGUUCUAGGAAAUGUUUAUAAGGAGCCUGCUCAUGGUGAAUCUGAUGUAGAAAUUAAUGUGAUGGCAGAACCCGAUCCCAAUGAUGUGGUUUCCACACCAAUUUUAUCUACUCUGCAAACCGAUGAGCCUGAUCCUGAUGAUCAAGAGUUUCAGAGGAUAAAUGACACCACGACUGCUGUUUGUAACCGUUUGUCUGAGGCUCUGGAAAUGCUAAGAAGUGAAGUUAGUGCAAUGCAAGCUACUUCAAUCCUCCAAACUCUCCUAAAAAUAAUCAGCAGGAAUGUGAUUGAACACCCUGAGGUGGAAAAAUACAAGAGAUUACGGAAGGCUAAUCCAGUCAUUGAGAGGAAUAUUGUAAAUAAUAAAGCUGCCUUGGAAAUUCUAUUUUUGGUUGGCUUCAGCGAAGAUGUUAUGUUUGACAAUCUUGGAAAGGAAAAUGCUUACUUGGUGUUGAAACGGAAUGAUCCUGGCUUAUUGUGGCUUGCUAAGGCAACCCUUGAAUCAAGCACAAGCUUAACUUGCUAGCCCAGAAAACAGUUCUGAAAGGCAAAGCAAAAUUGUACGUUGUUGUAUCGUAAGAUGUCCAUUGUAUGAUAUUUGGGCUAGUAAAGUUUGACAUUUUGUAUUUUUAGUAACUGUCAUAUAGAUAUAAUUGAACACAUGGAAAUAUCGGGGGAAGGAAAAAGAACUACACUUAAGUACAAACAGAAACAUGGUAUACUAUCGGUGUAACAUUCGAGUUAUUUCAUUGUGCAAUUCAAGAUGACAUUCAUUUGUAUUUUGUUGAAUGUAAAUACUUUUCUUCAAUAAAAGGAAUUCAUGAAGUGUUGUUUUGUUUA